GAAGGCAACAUCACAUCCCCCUUGGCAUCAGCGGUGCGCUGCUACGACGCAAUGGCGACGUCAUCAGCGCAUACAGGAAGUAACGGCCGUCUGCCCGGAAUACGCAGGAGAAGCAGGAAAAUGAGGCGGCAGAGGAGCAGCACCUGAGCGCCGGGCGGACACCAGCCUUCAGCUGAACGCCUGAGGUCACAACGCACCUCCGUCCUCCAUGCCUGGCCCCCCAGGCUCAGCUCGGCCGGAGCAGAAUGACCCCAUGAUCCCGCUGCGCAUCUCUGCAGGAGGCCUCCCCAUGCUGGCGUCCAUGGCCAACCCCACCGACCCCCGUUUCCGCCUCAAAUGGCGGCCCAUCGUGCUCGUCAUCCUCUCCCUGGCCUUCGUCCUGCUCCUCUUCAUGCACUUCGGCCCCGGCCUGCGCUAUCGCCCCUACGGGUCCCACAGCUGGCGGGCCGGCCGCAGCGAAGGCCGGCCGUCCACCUCCCGCUACAACGACACCUACCCCCUGAGCCCGCCCGAGCGCACGCCGCAGGGCGCCCGCUACCGCAUCGCCGUCAUCGCCGACCUGGACACGAACUCCCUGAGCGAGAAAAAGCUGACCUGGUUCAGCUACAUGCGGCUGGGCUACCUGCUGGUGUCCCAGAGCGGCGACCGGGUGGCGGUGGAGUGGGACGCCGACCGGGUGCUGCUGGAGAGCCACCUGGCGGAGAAGGGCAGGGGCAUGGAGCUGUCCGAGCUGGUGGCCUUCAACGGCAAGCUCUACAGCGUCGACGACAGAACGGGCGUGGUCUACCACAUAGAGGGAAACAAGGCCGUGCCCUGGGUCAUCCUGGCCGAUGGCGACGGGAGCGUGGCCAAAGGGUUUAAAGCCGAGUGGCUCGCCGUGAAGGACGAGCACCUAUACGUGGGUGGCCUGGGAAAAGAGUGGACCACCACCGAGGGCGAGUUCGUCAACAACAACCCGGAGUGGGUGAAAGUGGUGGGCUUCAGAGGCGACGUGGUGCAUGAGAACUGGGUGCCCAAGUACAAAGCCAUGAAAUCCGCAGCAGGGAUCGAGCCACCGGGCUAUUUUAUCCACGAGUCUGCGGCCUGGAGCGACACCCUCCAGCGCUGGUUCUUCCUCCCCCGCCGGGCGAGCAAAGAGCGCUACGAAGAGACCGCCGACGAACGGCGGGGGACGAACCUCGCCCUCAGCUGCUCGCCGGACUUCAAAGACAUCAAAGUGAGCCAGGUGGGGCCGCAAAAUCCCACCCACGGCUUCUCCUCCUUCAAGUUCGUCCCCAACACAGACGAUCAGAUCAUUCUGGCGCUCAAGUCGGAGGAGGACGCCGGAAAGAUUGCAACAUACAUCACGGCUUUCACUCUCGAUGGACGGAUUCUUUUACCAGAGAGCAAGAUCGGGGAUGUGAAAUAUGAAGGCUUAGAGUUCGUAUAGAGUGUCGUGAGACACACACCCUUCGGGCCACUGCACUGUAGUUCUGGUUUGUUUACAAUUCAUUCACUGUUGAACACCGUUGGACUGGCUGCUUCCUGUAAAAUACAUAACUCCAAAUCCUAAAGGAUCAUCUUCAGUACAGACGGGGGCUGUUCCUCAUUUGUGUCCUGAGAAAGCAGUGUCAGCACGAGUUGCGGUGAAACGUCUUUGGAGGCCAAAUGUGGGUUUCCAAAGUACUGUAACCUUUCUUAUAAUGAAUGUACAUAGAACUGAUCUCUAAGAAAGAUUUUCUUUUCUGUAAAAGAUUGCAUUUUCAUGCAUUUAUUGUACACUCAGAAGUUGUUGUUUUUCUUUGUUCAAUGUUGAACGAAAUCCUUUUAUGCACAACUGACCUAUUUAUAUCUCAACCAAAUCUGAAGGGUAGUUUGAUUAAAACAAAUUCCAACAUAUGUAAUAUUUUUGGCCGUGGGAUGUGCUGACAGUAAAGUCAUGAUUUCUGAAUUUUGAGUCUUUUCUUGUAAUUCCGAUUGGGAUCUCUGAGAGAAAAGCCAGUAACUGUCACAUGACAAGUUUCAACAGAUCCACAAUUGUGCAAUAACUUGUCUGUUCUGUUUUAUCGAAAAAAGAAACUGAGGGGAAAGGGGGGUGGUAGACGAGUAUAUAUUUGAAGUCCAUGUUCAAACCUGGACUGUUGAACGGGCUGCAGACUGGGAGAGCCAGUGCAUUUUGGGACGGCGACGCUCCACACUACUGGAUAGAAGAUCACUGCAUUGGAAAUUGAAAAAUGCAAGCUCUUCGAAAUCUGCACACUCUGUGGCUUCUUCUACUUCUUGGUUUAUCUGGACGUGCGUUCAAGCUCGACAUACUCAAAGUAAACUCUGAACCACGGGAAGGUGAUCUGAGGCUGUCUGGGUCAGAGAGCGCUUCCGAGGGCCGUGUUGAGGUAUACCAUGACGGAAAAUGGGGAACGGUGUGCGAUGACGGGUGGGACCUCUCUGAGGCCCAGGUGGUGUGUCGUCAGCUCAACUUUCCUGGCGCCAAAUCCGUAGUGGUCGGGAAGCAAUAUCCACAAGCACCUGAACGCAUUUGGCUGGAUGACAUCUCUUGCCAGGGAACGGAGAGUCAGCUUGUGUCUUGUGGAUUUAAAGGCUGGGGAAAAACAGACUGCUCCCACAAGGAGGAUGUUGGAGUUAUUUGUGAAACGGACAACAAUAAUUCGACCAUCAGUAACUCUACAUAUUCACUGGACCACAGCAUCAGCCUGUCAGAAGACCUUGGCCGAAUCUUUGACAGCGGAACAGGCUGUGACUUUCUGAUCACGCUCCAGAGUCUAACUGGAAACAAAGAGGCAGAUGGCAGCCCAGAGAAAAUGAAGACCAUCAUUUGUGCCCACAAAAUGAUCCUCUCCCUAUUCCCAAACUUUAACACUUCCUCAGACAUGACUAGCAUCACAGUUGACAUCAGCAUGCAGUGCCAGCCAUAUUUCACCUCAUUCGUCAGGUACUUUUACACCCAUAAGAUUGAUGUGACCUUCUCAUCUGCACUAUGUCUCCAUCAAAUGGCUUCUAAGUUUAAAGUCAAGUACCUUAUGGAAGACAUAGGCCGGCUGUUCUCCAAAAUUAUCCCAGAAGAUGCUUCCUACGUCUCCCAGGGUUCCCUUUACCAAUAUGCAGUGGAGACCGGGGAUUUAGUCCUUGAGGAAAAUUGCAUCCAGUUCCUGGCCUGGAACUACAGAAACCUGACCAACUCUCAGGCUUGGACCAACCUUCCAUCUAAGCUACUUCAAGCCCUUCUAACCCGCUCAGAUUUGGUGGUGCCAGAUGAGUACUUUGUGCUUCAGACUGUGGAGAGCUGGAUCACGAAGAACAGCAACUCGAUCAGUUUGGAAACCCAGGCCAAACUCUUGAGUUUCAUCCGCUUCCCUAUGAUCCCUGCUGAGAGGCUGUAUGACAUAGAGUCCAGCUCGCCUCUGUACAAAACCCAUGUGAAUGUAUACCGUGACGGCGUACUGAAAGCAUAUCAGUUUAAUGUUCUUCUCUUCAGCAAUCUUUUGUCCAACCCAAAGUUCAACAAAGAAAAUGACGAAUACAAGCCCAGGACCUACACAGCAGCGCCUUGGAGCACCAAUGUUUACUCUCCAGUCAAAAAUUCACCGUACCCAGUUCAAAGACAAUACCAGCGUUACAACCAAAGGGGCUCAUAUGGCCGUUACGGCUAUAAUCAACCAACUCAACCAUCAUUCACCGCGACCAAGUCGUUUGUAACCCCUCUCCACAACAGUCUGUUGUUUCAGGGCAACACCACCAGCUGGGAAGCAGAUCUCUUCAGCACGCAGCAGCAGUGUUCAUGGAGAGGAGUGGCGUGUGAGUCUGCUCCUGCAGUGAGGCUGCGGCAGUCCUACUACAGCCCAAACAGCCAGAUCCUGUUUCGUAACCGCCUGCUGCUCAUGUGCCAAGACAAGUACGUGUGUCAGGUUCAGGGCUUUAAGGGCGACCUGGCUUACAUCUCCACAAAUGAUAGCCAGGCCCUUGCCUAUCCCUGUCCCAAUAACAGGUACACCUACAUGGUUGUAGUGAGACCAGAGUACAUCUGAUCCAAUGUCAGGACAAAAAAAAAGCAAAUGAUAAAUAAUAAAUCACCUUUUUUCAUUAACAUUCAAUACACCGCAAUCAAAAGCUGUUCUCCAUCCUAGUGAUUAUUUUGUGAUUCUUUUAUUAAAUGGCAAUUAUGUCAUUUGAUUUUUUCAUAAUGAAUGUUUGUAUCCCAUACUGAAUGGCAAACAAAUAAAGAAAUUCUUGCAUUAUUUUCUGUCGGUACUUGUUUUAAUUUGGGAUUCAUCUCUCUAAAUAACUGAUAAAGCAUCUUUUUAACUUUGUUUCUCUUUUCCAAGUGGGAUUUAUUCCACUUCCACUAGUACCUCUUUAAAGAUUGUUUCAAUAUUGACUUUGAAUAAAUGAAUAUCUGCCUACCCUGGCAUACAUGACAGGCAAAGGAAAGGACUGAAAGAUAAUUUUCACUCUUCACUUUACUUGCCUUGACUUGUCUUUAAAAGAAUAUCUGGAUUCUAAUCAGAAGUUAAGACAAAUUAAAGGGACAGUAGGAAGAGAAAGAAAGACAUUUUGAAAUUAUUCUAAGACUGUGUAAUAAAACACAGUGUGCUCCUCCAGGUGGAGACAAAGUACAAAGUGGCCUGAUUGAGACAUAAAACGUGCUAUUUAAACUAACCUCUGCCUCGGUAAAGUAAAGCAAGGGGAAUUUUUCCGGCGCAGUUUUUAUUUGCAUUAAAAAGUAGAGUAGUGUCAGUCUAGGAAAAACAACAUCAUUCACAUGUAUCACAUAAAUUAAAUAGAUCUCAAGUUGACUGUCAGAACUUGCCCUGCUUUCAUGUUUUGACAUCAACUCACUAUUACUGUGCAAUAGAGGAUGACAAUUCAUUCAACCUGGAUGGCACAAUAUUUAACAGAUUUCCAAUCAAGUCAUCGCAGACAAGAGAAAAACUAAAGUUAGCUGUUUUAGAAAGGAUUGCCUGCACCAAGUUAAUUCAUUUAUUCAGAGCUUGAGAACUUCCCAUGCUUCAUUUUCAGAGCGCUUUUAUUUCCGCUAAUACAGCGAGUACUGCGUCCACAGCACAGCUUACUAGAUGGCUUGCUCGCGAAAGUUUUCCGUUGUGUUCCGCUGCAGUGUGAACGCUGUAGGAAAACUGGAGGAAAAGAAGUCAUUUUCCAAAGUGUUGAGUCCAACUCAUGUUUACCAUUACUCUUUUCUCUGAAUCAAAAGCAUGUACGCUGCCUCUGCUGUCAUCAGAUGAGAUGCUGAGUUUGAACAGAUUUGGGUUGAAUAAGGAUGAUAACAGUUUCCUCUUCGUGAAUCAUGGAAUCAACCAGCGCUUGUGUUUUCGCCACACCCCAUCCUGUCUGUACGCCUUCCUACAUUUGGGACUUUAUAAUGCAGGCCCACAUGCCUGGACAGGUUGGCUGUAGUGCAACACAUUGUAACUUACCGUAUCUGUCUGUGGGAGCAACAAACAGCUGGUCAGAUUACAUGAUCAGUGUGUAUACUAAAAGAUGACUCCUCCAUAAUGGCUCUUUACUGUAGCUCAGUCAAAUAAAAUGGAGUCUUUG